AAUAUGAACACGCAGGUCUUUGAAGAGGUGUCAAAAAUGGUACAAGGAUACUGAGAUCAUGCGUUCCGGAAGGAAGCUAGAUAUAUAGAAUCAACCCAAGUGAGAUGUCAAAUUACAGCGGUCAAUCAGGAAUUCCUCUUAGGAUGUCCAAGAAGGCACCAGAGGAGGCUAAGAAGACAUUUACAACUUACAUCAAAAGCAAGCAACAAUCAACAGCUGUAAAGAACAAUCAGUUCAGAAAAGGAUUUUCUGAGAGAAGAACAGAGAAAGAAAAAUUCCUGGAUGAGGCAUCUAGGCUUCAAAAUGAACUAUCAGAUUACAAGGAAGGCGUGACAGUAGCACAGCAAAGGUUGGACCAAGAAAGAGAAAGAUUGUCAGAGCUUCAGAAGUGUGCAGAGGAAAAGGAAAACCGUUUGACAGGUGAAAUAGAGGAGCUACGAGCAAAGAAUAUAACCAUGGAAGAAAAAACGACAAGUUAUGAAAAGAAGCUGCUUUUGUGCAACAUCAAUCCAGUGACGUUAGAACACAUGACCGAGGACCAGUCACAAGCAGAUGUACUGACCAAGAGAAGGGAAGCAGCCAGGGAGAAUGUGGGAUUGUUGAAGAAAAGAGUUGAAAGCUUGAAUGAAGAAUCAUCAAAAUUAUUUGAAAAUAUGAAGAAUUUAGGUGCUGACAUUGACAAAAUCGCUGCAGAUGUGACAUUACCAGCAGAAGAAACAUGAACAACCAGAAUACAUAACCACCAGAACGUUUCUAACGACGAGACGCUAUGUUCCGUCAGAGGAAAUGUGAAAAGAUGUCCGGGUUGCCAUUAGAAGGGGAAUUGUUGGCUGUUUUCUUCUGGACCUUCUUACUGUGAACUUAAAAAGAAAAGUUGUUGAGAAGAUGGAAAGUGGCACUAAACCAAAUUUGCCAAAUUCAUAAUUAGAUAAUUCUUAAUGACAUUUCAUGUUGUGUUUGACAUUUUUUGCACAUGAUAUCCUGUGUUAUAAAUUGCGGGGAAACAUAAACAUGUAUAUAUAUAAAUGAAAUGUUUUGAUAAAGCUGCCAUCCCUGAUUGAUAAGAUUUCCUAUUGGACUUAUAAGUGUAUGGAUCUAGACAGACAGAACAUUAGACGUCAAUACAGGUGUGGCAGUGUUUCUGUUGGAAUCAUAUACAUGUAUAUAUAUAUGACAACUAUCAAAUUUCAUUGUAGUUAUCUCCCUUUACACGGCUACAUUAUGUGCUGUGAAAUGUUGUACAUGUAUCGCAAGUGAUGUAUACGUACUGUGAAUAAUACUUGUUUUGAUUACUGGAGGAUUUAACAUCCUUUUUACCCUGUGAAUAAAUACUAUAUAAAGUACCACUGCUACAUUCACCAAACUUGUAUAUUAUAAAUAGUGCUAUCGUCACUAAUUCUAUAAAGAUUAGAUCUUGGGAUUGACUGCAGUAUGAACAUUGAAUUACAGGAUUGUUUUGCCUGUUAAACAAGAGGGUGAAUUCAAUAUUAGAUAUUGAAAUAAGAAUAUAAUAACAUAUUUAUUGUCUUGGAUGUAGAAAGAUAUGAAGGUUAGUUUCCUAAAAGUUAAUCAUACUUUUAAUAGAGAAAAUGAUUCAGCGAUGGAGAAAAACCUUCAUAUCUCCGGCUAUUACCAGAGAUUAUUUUUAUUUUAUACUGAAAACCCAAACUUACAUAGCAAAAAUAAAUAAUUCAUCUUUCUAUUGAAAAAAAAUCACACAUCCUCUGAUCAUUUUGACAUAGGCAUGAAGGUGUUAGUGAUAACUCUAUUUGUGUUUUUAAUUUUAUAUUUCGCCAUGUCUAAACAAUACAUCAGUAUCUGUCUGUAAAACAAAACUAGAGUCUGUAAUUAGGAGAAAUAUUCUUCCAAAUAAAGUAUAUAGCUUAUUCUCCUUCUUCCUUCCUUUCUUACUGCAGUCAUUAUGGUUAGAUAUUGAAUACCAGAAUAUCAGGAGUUAUACAGUUGAUAAAAACAUGUUUUCACUGGAAAUAUCAUGAUAAGAUAAUACUUGCAGUAUUUUCCACUCAGAAAGGUACUUCCUAUUUUCAGAUUUUCAGUUUCAAGUUCAGGUGAACAGAAGCAACGGCAGACUAAAUGUUAUUUAGUACACCUUUGUAGCCUACAUUAUGGUAUUUACAUAACUACACCAAUGAUAUUAGUUUUGUUUGGAAAUCUUACCAGAUAAUAGCAGAAUUGCGUUGAUUAAUUAACCAAUUCAUAAUGACGCUCUGCCUUGUUGUCAAGUGUGACAACAUUAGAACCUAGUGUCUAAUUUAACUAAUUUUUCUUUUGAAUAGAAUGAGAUUAGUUGUUUAAAUAUUUGAUGCAAAAAAUGUGAUUUUACAUUUCAAUUCAUUAU